GGUUUGUCCACUGUUUCUGCUUGUAUGAGAUCACCGCAAAUGACUAACCGGCCUGUAGUCCUUCCAACACUUUGGACCUAUCCGACGGCAAAAAUGCGUCUUGCGUAUCUCUUCCUCUCCAUCUUUGUUGCAUCAGUGGCUGCAGCACCCAACGCGUGCACUCCCACCGGCCUGCCCUGCGACGCGCAGACUCCUUGCUGCUCGAAAGUUUGCUUGAUCAAGGGUGAAAUCGGUGACCCCAACGAGAAUGGUACCUGCGCGUGAGCUUUUAAGGGGGGUACUUAAGCUGUAUCUAGAAUUUCCAGUCACCUCAACAGCUCGAGUGCAAUAUGAC